AUGGCGGCACCAGACUUGCUGUUCGGCCUGCGGAACAACUUCUACCUGGGCGCCUACCAAGCCGCCAUCAACAACAGCGACGUCCCUAACCUCUCCCCCGACGACGCUGUCGAACGGGACUGCCUCGUCUACAGAUCCUACAUUGCCCUCGGCAGCUACCAGCUUGUUAUCAACGAGAUCGAUUCGUCGGCCGCGACGCCUCUCCAAGCGGUGAAGUUGCUAGCAAUGUACCUGUCAAGUCCCACUAAUAAGGAAACUACGAUUUCAAGUCUCCAUGAGUGGUUGGGAGAUCCAGCCAUUGGAAACAAUCCGAUCUUACGGCUUAUUGCUGGGAUCAUUUUCCUUCAUGAACAAGACUAUAAUGAAGCUUUGAAACACACCAAUGUUGGAGGAACUAUGGACUUGCAUGCAUUGAACGUUCAAAUAUUCCUUAAGAUGCACAGAUCAGAUUAUGCAGAGAAACAGUUGAGGGUCAUGCAACAGAUUGAUGAGGACCAUACACUAACUCAACUUGCAAGUGCAUGGCUAAACUUGGCAGUGGGUGGCUCCAAGAUACAAGAAGCAUAUCUUAUCUUCCAAGAUUUCUCUGAGAAGUAUCAGAUGACAAGUUUGAUCCUUAACGGAAAAGCUGUGUGCUGCAUGCAUAUGGGGAAUUUUGACGAAGCUGAGUCACUAUUACUAGAAGCACUGAACAAGGAUGCAAAGGAUCCAGAGACACUGGCUAAUCUGGUUGUGUGCAGCCUUCACCUUGGGAAAUCAUCUUCACGCUACUUGAACCAGCUGAAACUGUCACAUCCGGACCACAUGCUUGUCAAACGCUCAUCAUCUGCUGAAGAAAGUUUUGACAGAGCAGUUCAAACAAUUGCUUGAUGAAUGUUGGGGGAACUGAUAUCCACUAGGCAACUGGUUUUUGUCAAAUCUCAGGCCUUUUCAGAUAUGUUUUGUGGAUGUUGUCUUAACUACUUCUUAUUGGAAAAGAAUCUGUGAUGAGAAUUUGCUGUCAGAGCCUUUUCAGAUACUAGAAGUGUAUUUUUUGUCCCUUUUCUCUCCUGAGCUUCUUGAUUGUGAAGAUAUAUAGAACAAUGUUUGUUGGAGUCACUUCUAAAGUUCCAUUCAAAGUAAAGUUUUCUUCAGUUUCUGGUGAUUAUAUAUGUAUGUACCUUGAAUGAUAUCACCUAGUCAGUUGCUUUUACGGUAUUCA